CCGGAAACUCGUGACCCAACUGGGCUGAGUGGCGGGAAUUCCAACAGAGGAGAGGCCGGGAGUCUGGCGGCCGGGACCCGGGGGGUGUGGAGCCGGACACAGGGCCAGGCGGCCGCCGGGAGAGAGAGAGAGAGAGCGGGAGACGGGGACAGGAGGCUGUGGUUCGGUUGCGUCCCGAAGUUUCGGUGGGGUCGGCCGAUACGUCGCGUGAAAAAUGCAAGCUUUUCUGAAGGGAGCAGGAGCCACCAGCAUCAAACCGGCAAAAGAAAAGGCAGCUGGGAGCAGCGGAGAAAGCAAGAAACAAAAGUCAAUGCCAUGGGUGGAGAAAUAUCGGCCGAAAUGUAUGGAUGAUGUUGCGUUUCAAGAGGAAGUUGUGUCUGUGCUGAAAAAAUCGCUGCAAGGAGCUGAUCUUCCCAACUUGCUGUUUUAUGGUCCUCCCGGAACAGGAAAGACCUCCACAAUAUUGGCUGCAGCACGGGAGCUUUUUGGGCCUGAGUUGUACCGGCAGCGAAUUCUGGAGCUGAACGCCUCUGAUGAACGCGGCAUCCAGGUUGUAAGAGAAAAGGUGAAGAACUUUGCCCAGCUGACUGUGGCUGGGACUCGAUCAGAUGGAAAAACUGCUCCACCAUUUAAAAUAAUCAUCCUGGACGAAGCGGACUCCAUGACAAAUGCUGCUCAGGCUGCCCUCCGGCGCACCAUGGAGAAAGAGUCCAGAACCACUCGCUUCUGCCUCAUCUGCAACUAUAUCAGUAGGAUAAUUGAACCGCUGACCUCUCGAUGUUCUAAAUUCCGUUUUAAACCUUUGGCGGAUAGUGUACAAGAACGCAGGUUGCUGGACAUCUGUGAGAAGGAGAAUGUAACAUACACUGAUGAGGCAAUCUCUACUCUUGUGAAUGUUUCGGAAGGAGACCUGAGGAAGGCAAUAACGUACCUGCAGUGUUCAGUGCGACUUAUGGGAGGAAACAGCAUCACAGGGAAAGUCAUUACUGAAAUUGCUGGGGUGAUUUCAGCUGAGAUGAUUGAUGGCCUCAUAGCUGCAUGCUACAGUAGCUCAUUUGAAAAACUGGAAACCGUUGUAAAGAACAUGAUCAAUGAAGGUCAUGCAGCGACACAGCUAAUCAACCAGCUUCACGAUAUCAUCAUUGAUAAGGAGGACUUGAAUGACAAGCAGAAGUCGGCAAUCACAGAAAAGCUCGCAGAAGUUGACAAGUGUUUGGCAGAUGGGGCUGACGAGUUCCUACAGGUGAUUGGUCUUUGUGCUGUUAUCAUGCAACAGUUCACACAGAACUGAUCACCAGCUCAACCAGAACAGUUUGUAUUAUUACUGGUUCUUUAAUGCAAGGUGAAACCUUUUCAUACUUUCUAUUGAAGUAAUUCUUUCAUUAAAUGGAUCUAAAUAAAUAAUCACCAUUGCAUCUGCACUAUAAAUAAGUAGACUUGAGUAUUUUGCUGAAUAUUUUGUAAUAAAAAUAUUAUUGGACAACU